CAGUUCGUUUCAGUCCACAUUCAGACACGCCACCGCACGGUUCAACGUCAACGUCGUCUUCAUGACGUACGUUAGUGUGUCACAUAUUACAAUUCGUUGUCAAUUGGUCUAUUGAGACUUUUCGACAGUCCUGUAGAGUUUCUAGUUCAUUUGUGAUUUUUUUAUCCAAAUGUGGAGGACGGUUCAUGCAUGAGAAAACAUGCUGUUACAUACGUUGGACUUUGAGUGAUGAGACUAAUUGUUGGCGACAGCAAGAUAUAACCCAAGUUAUCAAUUAAAUAGAAAAAAAAAAUUGAAAUUCAAAAUUAACUGAAUAAAUACUUGACGUGAGAUGACGAGUGGUCCUCAUCAGUCCUCACAUGCGAGCCCCUCGCGAUCCAGUCUGAGCUGCUGUCAAGGAGGAGAUGACAGUAGCAGUUCAAAUGAUGUUAGCGAAAUGCCAGAGUUAACGGGCAACAACAACUACGUUGUUACCAAGAACCACACAUUUCCAAAACGUCCUGAAGUUGAUCUCACAUUUAAAAAUGUUAAAUAUAGUGUUAAAACGUGGAAUCUACGAAAAUUGCAGCGAGAAUCCAAGGAGAUUCUUCACGGUGUCAGUGGGCAAUUUCGAGCUGGUGAACUGACAGCAAUAAUGGGUCCCUCGGGGGCUGGCAAAUCAACACUCCUUAAUGUUCUCGCUGGCUUUACUGUUCAAGGUGCAUCGGGUGAAAUUUUUGUCAAUGGAAAACGCCGUACACCGUACAGCGAACGAUGGAAAAGAACAUCAACUUAUAUACAACAGGACUCAUUACCACGUACUAAAUUGACUGUUGGUGAGGCCAUGACACUUGCUGCUAAUCUAAAGCUUGGAUAUACGAUUAGCUCCACAUUUAAACAUUCGCAGGUGCUAGACUUGUUAGAGAUGCUAGGACUCAACCACUGUUACGACACUCUUUGCGGACGUCUCUCUGGUGGCCAGAAGAAACGCCUGGAUGUUGCAUUCGAACUCCUCAGCAAUCCCUCAGUAUUAUUUCUCGACGAGCCGACCACAGGUCUCGACUCGGCAUCGUGUAGCUCGUGUAUUGCGUUGCUCCAGAGAUUGGCCAGAAUUGAGAAGCGUACAGUGGUCUGUACGAUACAUCAACCAAGUGCCCUGUUAUUCGAAAUGUUCGAUUCACUUUAUGCACUGGCUGGUGGUCACUGCAUAUACCGCGGUCCAAUUUCAUCAUUCUUACCACACCUGAUGUCGAUAGGUGUCUCAUGUCCCUCGUACCACAAUCCAGCGGAUUUUUUGAUUGAAGUUGCAAUUGGAGAUUACGGAGUUACCGUUGACAAACUCGCAAUGGCAGCUGAAGACAUGUGGCAUGACAAUCAGGGAAUUACAGUUGAGAAAAUUGAGAGCAAGGGAAAGACAAUUGAAGUGUCUGUCACUGAGGAGCCACCACCACCAGCUGGAUUUCUCGCCCAGUGUUACUUACUUUAUAAGAGACAACUACUCAGUAUGAGACGAGAUUCAUCGCUAAUGAUAGUUCGACUCCUCUGUCAUCUGAUGAUUGGAAUAAUCUUUGGGUAUUUGUACAGAGGCAGUGGCUAUCGUGCUAACAGUGUUCUUGCCAAUUAUGUUUAUCUUUAUGGAUCACUUUUGCUCAUUGUUUACACUGGUAAAAUGGCUGUCACACUGGCAUUUCCCAUGGAAAUGCAGAUAUUGACUAGGGAGCAUUUCAACAGAUGGUACAAAUUGGCACCCUAUUACAUUAGUUUACUGCUGGUUGAGAUACCAUUUCAAGCUGCAUGCGCCGCGACGUAUUUGAUCGUCAGCUAUUGGCUCACUGGACAACCGGUGGAGACACAGCGUAUUCUCUGUUUUAUGGUUGUCAGCAUUGCUGCCAGCUUGUGCGCACAGGCGUGGGGAUUCUUCAUUGGGGCUACGACACCUGUCAAGAUUGCUGUUUUCGCUGGUCCAGUGAUAGCAGUUCUCUUCUCGGUCUUCGGCUUCUGCAUUCGUUACAUGGACACCCCAGUAUUCUUUCGUUGGAUAUUCCACAUAUCCUACUUCAGAGCAGGGUUCCACAGUCUUCUCUACACGAUCUACGGAUUCGAGAGGAAUGAUCUCUUCUGCGAUGACAUUUACUGUCACUACAAAAAGCCCUGGAAGUUCCUCAACGAGAUGGAGAUCAAUGAGACAAAUGUCAUAAAUAAUCUCGUGCUAAUUGUUGGCAUGGGUGUACUGAUGCAUCUGUUAACAGCAAGUGCACUCUGGUGUAAACUGAACAGAAGAUAAACUAGAUGAAUUGCUUUUACGGUUACUGCAAGACAGUAUUCCAAGGUGGGCCCACCCAUGAGCUGUGAAAAGUCAUUCGAAAAAAUCUCUCGCCAAAAAAUUAGCGCAUCUUGCCGAGCCAGCUUCGUCAUUCGACCGACGAUUGGGUAUUUUUAUCCGAAAAAAUUGAUAAAUCGAUAUUUCGUCGGGUGGGCCAUGACUUGAGUCUCAGAGCUUUAUAAACUACUUAUGAUCUUGUUAGUUAUUACGAUCGUAUCAUCGUUGUGACAGGGUCGAUACAUGUUACACUACAUUAUCUUCCGGCGUGGAAGCUUCAUAAAUCAAUGACAAUUAUGUUUUAUCUCUAAGAAAGACAGUGUAACACGAAAAAGAAUAGUGUUAAUGAUGGACCUAGUCGAGAAAGUAACUUAAUUAGUAUUUAAUGUUAAUACUUAAUGCAUCCAGUGUUUAGGUUGUAAGAUCUUUUUGGUUUAUAAAUAAAUCGAACUCAUUGAAGAUUGGUGUGUUGUUCAUUCAUGAGAAUAAAUUGACUUUGGGUGCGUGACCACUCA